GGCAGAAAGUUCUUACAAGUUACAAUCUUCCGAAGAAACUAAACACUACUACCAACUUCCCUAGUUCCCUUUCCUUUCUAGAAUCUUCCUACCUCGUCCACCGCCUUAAGUAGCUUAUUUGCCAAACUAGAAACCCCAACGAAUUCACUAACUGAACUGAAUCCCACUAACAACCUUUAAAUAAAUCAAGAAACAGUUACAGAAGCAGGUAAAUUAAAUGGCGGGAAGAAUGAGAGUGAAGGAGGAAGAGGAGACUGUGGUUUUGUGUGGGAGCGGACCAGGUGGUUCAUCUUCUUCAUCAAGCGUGUCACCGCAACCCAUGGAAGGGUUGCACGAUGUGGGACCACCACCGUUUCUGACGAAGACCUUCGAAGUGGUGGAGGAUCCUUCCACCGACUCCAUUGUUUCUUGGAGCAGAGCUCGCAACAGCUUCGUUGUGUGGGACUCGCACAGAUUCUCCACCACGAUCUUGCCUCGUUACUUCAAGCACAACAACUUCUCCAGCUUCGUUCGCCAACUCAACACUUACGGGUUUAGGAAAGUGGAUCCUGAUCGAUGGGAAUUUGCGAACGAGGGGUUCUUGGCAGGGCAGAAGCACUUGUUGAGGACGAUAAAGAGGAGGAGGAAUGUGACGCAGUCGUCAACGAACACGAUCCAGCAUGGAGAAGGAGGAGGAGGAGGAAGUUGUGUUGAGUUAGGUGAGUUUGGUUUGGAAGGUGAGAUAGAGAGGCUGAGAAGGGAUAGGACGGUGUUAAUGGCGGAGAUCGUGAAGCUGAGGCAGCAACAGCACAACUCAAGGGAGCGGAUUUGUUCAAUGGAGUCAAGGUUGCAAGUCACAGAGAAGAAACAAACUCAGAUGAUGACUUUCCUGGCCAAAGCACUCCACAACCAGUCUUUCAUUCAUAACCUUUCUCUUCAGAACAGAGAAUUACAGGGUUUUGAGAUGAGCAGGAAGAGGAGAAUAACUGCUACCGCAAGUGUGGAGAAUCUGCAAGAGGAUCCUGUUGCUGUUGAAGAGCAAGAGGAAUUGACGAGUAUUGGGUGUGAGAUAGAGACACUUUUGUCAAGUGCUUGCGAUAAUGAAUCAAGCAGUGAAAUGAAGGAGCCUACUGCUGCUGCUGCUGCUGCUGCUACCAGUGAGAAUAUAUGGGAAGAUUUGCUUAGUGAGGAUUUAGUUGGUGGGAAUCCGGAGGAUGAAGUUGUCAUUGGUGAUUACCCACACCAAAAUCUUGAAGAUUUGGCUGCAACAAACACUGGUGAUUGGUCUGAAGACUUGCAGAAACUUGUGGAUCAUAUGGGUUUUCUUGCCUCUAAUCCAUAAAAAUAAGUGGUUGUAGAAUUAUUUGUAGUAGUAUUAUUUGUUGUCUCGGGUUGGCCUCUGCAUGCAACUAGUUUCCCAUUGCAAAAUUAACAUGUUGAUGGUGGUGGUAUGCCUUAAAUUAUUUUCUGUAGAUAGUUAUUGAUAAUGGUUUCAUUCAUUAAUUGAUUGAUUGAUGAAGAGAUGCAUGAUGUCGUUUUUGUGUGCAGCAAGGGGGGAAGGCUUGGUAGUUGUUGAAAGAGGCCAACACAUAAUAUUGUGCUCUUUGUUCUGUAUCCUUCUAUUAAUUCAAACUUGCUAAGUGUCUGUGAAUAUCUCAAAUAUUUCGUUCAUCUAGCUAAUUGUUCUUAAUUUCAA